GGAAUUCUAACUGCUUUCGUAGCACACUUUUGUUUCUUUGAUAACAGUUUUCACACCUUAUACAAAUGUGUCUUCGUUAAAAACUCAUUUUGGGGUGUGAAUGUGACAAUUUUUUCUUUAUUUUCGCGACGCCUUAGGGGCAAACCUAAUUGUUUAUAACGGUGUGCGAGUAGCUUGACAAAGGGCAAAUUACUGGGAGGGAAUUUUACAUCCUGCAUUUUCUGGAAAGUGUUGCCUUUCUUGUAUUACACAUCAUCACCAUCUAUCCAUCCCAAAUUUGCAUCUAAUACGUUACAGCUUCAACAACUUCUCUGCAACAACACUAUGUAGCCUAAUUUCUAUGUUCUCCUAUAGCUGAACCUGGCAGUCGGGAUGCUGUGUAACUGGCUGAGCUACUGUAAGACGGCUGAAGACAUCGGCGUGGACACGACGAUGGGAGAUUACUUCUGGAACUCCUUCAGGAGUCUUUUGGGCAUGCGUCACGAGCCCCAAGACUCUGACGAUGAAGCACCACUUCCGGACCACUAUAUGGAUGAGACCCUCCAGCGGACGGAAAUGGUACUGCAGGAAGUGGACAGGGUGACCGACCAGAUGUACACCUUUGAGUGCAAGAAGCGUCAACUGAUUCAAGUUCAAGUUCAAAGGCUUGAUGCACCUCAAGCGGGCACAAGCUCGACAUAACUGAAAUACUGUACGAAAAUGCGCUAAAAUAUGAUUUCAUCAAGCGACACUCCACCUGAACGCAGUCUGAUGAAAUAUCUAGAUUUUUUUAAAAGCUUAUGCAAAUUAGAUUUUUACCUUUACAUAAUCCAUAUGUAGGGGCAUUCAGGUUUAGCUCAAUUUACGCAUGUAUUAAGUUAAGUAUGUAAUCCCAUCGUUUAUCCCAAAGUAACUAUGGCUUGUAACGGCUUAUGUGGUGUUUGCGGUUCAACUUGCCUGUUUGUCUGAUCGAUAACAUUGCAGUGCGUCUAUGACCAUUUUUUCGUUUGGAACUUUCAAUUAUUUGAAGUCACACCGGCGAUAAUACAAAGUCGGAACGCUUGACUCUCACAGCCGAGCACUGGCUCUAUGUCCGAGAUGUCGGCGAAACAUAUUCCAAAUCUUUACUCCAAACACCACAAAAGCCAGUGAAUUAGGCAAAUGAGGACCCGAUUUGCAUAAUGAGUGUCAGUUAUGUUGAGGUCUAAUGACAGUUAUGUUGCAACUGCCCUAAUUUACAUGUUAUAUUUGUUGAGGUCUAAUGUUAUGGAAACCACUGGAAUUAUAGGAAAUCCUAAUUAAAUAUGACUUAAUUAUUGAGGAAAUCUUAUGAAAGUUUUACCACGUUGACCUCUUCACUGCUACCUUAAAACCACCGCGAACGUUUCACAAUUUACAGUAAAACCAAGGAGGUUAAAAUAUGAUCCUAUUUUAGCCUCCUUGAGUAAAACUAUGUAUGGUAGUUGCAACCACAAACUUAAACCACCAUUCCCUCCCAGGGCGAUAUUAAAUUCCCGGGAACAAACUCCCCUUUUACAGUAUAUCAGUAUCACAUUAGUGGCUACAUUUCUUUGCAUACUAUCAAGGGAAUGAUGACGAAUAUGUGAGUGGUGUGUGAAAAAGUUUUAUAUUGUUGUGACAAUAUUGUUGCAGCCUGUAAAAGAAAUUGAAGCAUGGAUUGCAUUGUGACAAAUAGCGUAAUGUACAUGUAUUUUAUUCCUGUCAACAUUUUAUUGUACACCAUGUUUCCAUAUAGAAUCCUUUGUAGCGAAAUGGAACAUUGUUUUGAGUAUCGCCCAUUCAUUAAUUUUCGCUGAUAAUUAGGUUCAGGUCCGGACC